AUGGCCGGGAGGAGCCAGCCCCCAGCCGGAGCCCUGCCCGCCGCGGGCAGCAGCCGCGCGUACCCGUUUGGAAACGGUCUCCAGGCGGACAGCGAGGCGCAGGAGGAGGACGGGGAAGUGUCCGAGCUGCGCCCAAGAGGGAGGGAGAAGGUCCGACGAAGUACCUCGCGAGACCGGCUGGAUGAUAUUGUGCUACUAACGAAGGACAUCCAGGAAGGCGAGACUUUAAACGCGAUAGCGCUGCAGUAUUGUUGCUCGGUUGCAGACAUCAAGAGGGUCAAUAAUCUUAUCACUGACCAGGAUUUUUUUGCACUGAGAUCUAUCAAAAUUCCAGUGAAGAAGUUCAGUGUAUUGACUGAAACGCAUUGCUCUCCAAAAGGCAAGCAAGUUUCAAGACCUUUAUCAUCUACUCAGUUUUCCCCAGAAUUCCAAGGAACAUCACCAGCUUCUGAUUCAUUUUCCUGUAAUGAGACUGUAGGCAACUUCUUGAAAGAAGUGGAUCGCGAUAUAGAACAAAUAGUAAAGUGCAAUGAUACAAAAAGAGAGAAUCUUAAUGAAGUUGUUUCUGCCUUAUCCGCACAGCAGAUAUGCUUUGAACCUGAUGCUAAAACCAAAAAGCGGAAAGAUCCCUAUUACGGAGCAGACUGGGGCAUAGGAUGGUGGACAGCAGUGGUGAUAAUGUUGGUGAUUGGCAUAAUAACUCCAGUUUUUUAUCUCUUAUAUUAUGAGGUUUUAGUGAAAGUGGACGUUAGUCACCAUUCUACAAUGGAAUCUGCCCACUCACUAGUCACAGCACCAUCGCAACAAAAACAAAUUGAAAAUGGAAUAAAUCCAGCAAACAUUAUGAAUGUUGAGAGUGAGGAGGAGCUUCAGCAUUACAAUGGAAAGUCCCAGGAGACUGUUCAUAGACAUAUAACAUAACUUUCACAUGAAGAGAGAAACCGUAUAGAAUGCGAAAUGCAUCUGGAAUGCAAAGAAUAGAUAUUAAUGAUGUAUACAUUCCUUCUUUUUGGGCAGUAUUAAAGUACAAGGAUGCUUUGCUUCCUUUAUUUAAAUAGUUGUGGGAACCUGCCAUAUUUACAUAGGAAAUAAUCCUUCUGUGGGUCAUUUAAACUGUCAAGCAUGUUGACAGAUGACAUUACCAGAUUUAAUGUGAGGUUGUCAUGCUAUAAAUGUGUAUGUAAACAGGUAUUUUUGAAAGGCUUUGCACUUUUUUCUAUUUAAAUAUAACCUGUUUUGUUUUUAAUUAACGAUUGCUGUUAAGGUGCAGUUCUGACAAACAUGAGAUAAAUGAGUACAGUUGACUAUAAUUUGCUAUGUGAAAGCAUCUGCUUCAGCAUGUUUAAUUUUAAAAAUAA